AUGGUGAUGCAUCCGUUCUAUAUCCACGCCGCAACAUCCUGGGGAAAGUACGCACGGAAGGCUUUGGAUCAGGAAAGGGGUUCGAGGGACCCGCGGAUUGGUGAAACCCUGCGGCUAGCCAUCACAACCUUCCUCGGCCGCGAAAAAGCUGUUCAGGCCGCUAUGCAGGUUGUGGACGCAUUCUCAACAGACGACUCGAAUGUGCCAGAAUGGGGCCAAGUUCAUGAUCGCCUAAGCGUUGAAGUCGCAGCAUACUUCGAGUUGACCGAGAUUGUCGACAUGCUACUACUUGUAGAAGCCGCGAAGUCCGGAAAACUGUCUGAAGUCCGCCGUCUUCUCAAACAGGGAACACAUGUCCAUGGAUUCGGGCCAGACAGCCCACUCCGUUCUGCAAUAUCGAAUGGCUACAAGGACGUCGUGGGAGUUCUGCUGGAAUAUGGCACCGACGCUAACUCUGGCUCUGGAUGCGAAUAUCCAUUGGACUGGGCCAUGGACAUGGAAGGGGAGAUUGGAGACAUCACACGCUUGCUCUUGGACUAUGGAGCCGAUCCUACAAAGAUACGCACCAACCUGUUAAGCUUCGCCGUCAGGGAUGAGGACAUGAACAUGGCGAAACUGCUUAUUGGAAAGGGCGUAGAUGUCAACGCAGCAGACGAGAGCAGAUGGACGGCGCUUCACUUUGCAGCUAUGAAUGGGUUGCUGGACUUUGUUCUGAUUCUGCUAAAACACUUACCCGUCGCGACUGCUGCGGACUUGAUGGGGAGAACGCCACUUGACUACGCGGAACAGAAUGGGAAAGAGGCUGUUGUCCGCAGACUUAGGGAGUAUAUGCAUGAGACAAUUUGA